UUUUUUCCGACAAACUGAGACUUUCUUGAUUUGAAGAAUUAUCUUUUAAAUUGACAAACAUCUUAUGUGCAGUUCAUGGCACAAUUCAAGCAGGAUCAUUUGUCACUCUUCCUUCACCACCACAAAGUUUUUCCUUCAACAAGUUCUGUGGGGCAAACAGAAUCGGGCGCCAUAUUUAUUUGACCACCCCAAGUCCGGUGUUCUGACAGUUGAUGCUAGGUGCACCCACAGACACAUACACGUCGCCGCCACACCGAGCCGCUGGAUCCAACGUUGAAGUCGCAGCCAUAUUGGAUAUAUCAGGAGCAUGCAGAGGUCUGGUGGAACAUGUGAGACAUUGACUGGUCGGGAGGUUCCUGUAUUUGCCACCUCCACCCAAUGGAUGAAGUCUGUUUCCAACACCUUUUCAUGAUGUGAACUGGAGGAUUACGUAUUUCCAACAUCCUGGAAAACUGAACUUCAAUGGCACAACAUGAAAUGCUGAGAGUGGGGCUCUUAGAUGAGACUGAGAUUGAGGAGCAGAGUGAUCAUUCGGUAACAACAUGUGAAGACCCAAAACCAUCAUGACCUGCUUGCGAUGGACAGUUUCUCUCAGCAGAGCUGCCCUCCUCUCCUCCUCAUCACUCUGCCACUCCUGCGGCGCUGCUCUCUGCUUGAAGGGGACACUGGCCUGCUCCUCACCCACUGAUUCUGCAUGACUGUCACAAAGAUGUCAUGGCGUCCGACCUACCGAAGCUCCAAGUUUCGAAAUGUGUAUGGAAAGGUGGCCAACAGGGAGCACUGCUUCGACGGUAUCCCCAUCACCAAGAACGUCCAUGACAACCACUUCUGUGCUGUCAACUCCAAGUUUGUGGCUGUCGUCACAGAGAGCGCCGGCGGGGGCUCUUUCAUUGUUAUACCUUUGGCCCAGUCCGGCCGCCUGGAGUCUCAUUACCCAAAAGUGUGCGGCCACCAAGGAAAUGUGCUGGAUAUCAAGUGGAAUCCCUUCUUUGAAAACAUCAUAGCGUCGUGCUCUGAGGACACAUCCGUGCGAGUAUGGGAGAUCCCAGAGGGCGGCCUGAGGCGCAACAUGAUGGAGGCGGUGCUGGAGCUGUACGGGCACAGCAGACGGGUGGGUCUGAUCGAGUGGCACCCCACCAGCAGCGGCAUCCUCUUCAGCGCUGGCUACGACUACAAGAUUCUGAUCUGGAACCUGGAGAUCGGCGAGCCGGUGAAAAUGAUCGACUGCCACACUGACGUCAUCCUCAGCAUGACCUUCAACACAGACGGCAGCCUGCUGGCCACCAGCUGCAAAGACAAGAAGCUGCGUGUGAUCGAGCCGCGCUCCGGGUCGGUCCUGCAGCAGGCUAGCUGUAAGAACCACCGCGUGAACCGAGUGGUGUUCCUGGGCAACAUGAAGCGACUGCUCACCACGGGGGUUUCUCGCUGGAACACCCGGCAGAUCGCUCUCUGGGAUCAGGAGGAUUUGUCCAUGCCAAUUGUGGAGGAGGACAUAGACGGCCUCUCGGGACUGUUGUUUCCCUUCUAUGACGCUGACACACACAUGUUGUAUCUGGCAGGAAAGGGCGACGGCAACAUCCGUUACUUUGAGAUUACGUCAGAGAAGCCAUACCUGCAGUACCUGAUGGAGUUCCGGUCCCCAGCGCCACAGAAAGGACUGGGUGUGAUGCCAAAGCACGGGCUGGAUGUGGGAGCCUGCGAGGUGUUCCGCUUCUACAAACUUGUCACCCUGAAGGGUUUGAUCGAGCCGAUUUCGAUGAUUGUGCCACGAAGGUCCGACACUUACCAGGAGGACAUCUACCCCAUGACAGCAGGAACAGAGCCGGCACUGUCUGCCAGUGAGUGGCUGAGCGGCAUUAACAGAGACCCAGUCCUGAUGUCCCUGAAGGACGGUUACCACCGGCCAAAUCAGUUAGUGUUCAAGGCCCCGGUGAAGGAGAAGAAGAGUGUGGUGGUGAACGGGAUUGACCUGCUGGAGAACGUCCCGCCCAGGACAGAGAACGAGCUCCUGCGGAUGUUCUUCCGGCAGCAGGAUGAGUUGCGGCGGCUGAAGGAGGAGCUGACCACCAAGGACGUGCGAAUACGUCAGCUGGAGCUGGAGCUCAACAACCUGAAGAACGUUAGCCCCAACAACGUCUGACCUCCGACCUCUGACCUCUGACCUCUCAGCCUCCUGGACUGGCAAAGCUGCUUCCUUUGCCCCCAACUCUGACCUCCAACGAGCUUCUGAGCCCUCCCGCCCCUCCCUUUUAUAUAUCAUAACUUCAUUCCUGCCGCCCUGCGUAGUGCACACGAUAACAUGAUAACUGUUGGAUAAAGUCUUAACUGGUGCAAUUACUUGAUUAUUGUAAUAAUUAAAUAAAUGAUAAGUAAUGGAGGCAAGGCGGCGUUCAUUGAUCGCCACCUUAACAGGAAAUCGAUGAGAGGGAAGGUUUAAGAUCCAAUCAAUGAGGUAUUAUCUGUGUUUAUACAACUUAAUAUUCCUGAUCCAGCGUGCUCUCCAGUGCUCGGAUCAGCUAUAGCGAUCUCCUGUGUGUUUAUUCACUCUGCCUCCCCUCGUCGUUCACAUGGCAAUACGCUGAUCACCAUGCAAAGAAGCCCCGACACUCGUCCUCCUGUUCAGACGGAACCAUCAUCCUGUGAUCGCUCUUGCUGAGGCAGAACUGGAGGAUAAAAAGACUGCCACACUGGCUCCUGUUUCUCUUCCCUAAGGCCUUAGACCCUGCUGCAGACACAGAUUGCAGCGAGCUGCAGCAUCCUCUCAAAAUGGCUGACGUGAAGUGGUUUUGCAACAGACAGACGAGACGAGCUUUUGCAGAAAUGGAUCAUGUUUUCCCACAGAGCUGCUUUCCCCCUACGUCUUUUCUCACUUACGAAUGUUGUUGGCUGUAAAUUUACUUUACAAUUCUGACAUAUAGCUACACAGAUGUAGUCGUUCUUCUCAAGGACUGUGGAUAGUUCACUCACUGGAGGUGUUUCAUGCUUUAUUUAAAGGAGGGAAAGCAGCGGGGGGACGUGGAUCCAGAGGUGGAGGACUGCAAAACUACUCGAAUAUAGUCUCAAGGGAAGCUUUGCUGGUUGUUCUUGGUUUUUAGGGCUAAUUUUGAGGAUGGGAGGGUUAUGUAUAUUUGCUUCUAUUUAUUUGUCACAUUUUACCUUUUUAGCUAAUAACAUGUAUAUUUGUUAAUCCCUUUGUUUUUGUACGACGUGGCCGCGCAAGUUAAUGAUUGUUAUGCUUGAUAGAUUUUUUGCUGAACGUUUCUGGUUGACACUGUACCUGCAACGGUAUUAGUUCUUCGACUCCAACAACAUAACUUCACAUAAGUUAUAAACAUGUAUUCUUGCCUCCUCCUAACAGUACAGAAAACUGUAAUAAUAACCAUCCUUUUACAUUUAAACUAAGUAUAUCACUAUAACUGAACAGUGUUGACCUGUAGAUGUGUGUGUUGCUCUAGAGACUCCGGUUCAUCGCCCUCUGCACUUGUACCAUCAACAGACUUUAGGCCUGAUUACAGUUUAAAUGCCUCUGUUUUACCACAGAACUGUAUUUUUGCCCGCAGACUGAAGUUUAAAGAGAAAAGGACACUGGAUCAACAUUUGACUGUGCCGCCCAGGUUCAAGCAGCUUCCAGAAAGAUGCUGUUGAACAUGUGUCUUUAAUCCAGGUUCAGUGAGAAUCAGCCGGUUAGUGCUGUUUCUGCUAUUGGGAUGAAGUAGAACAUAAGUCUCACAUCAUGGGGGGGUCAGUUAAAACAAUCAGAAUAAAAACCCUUUGAACGUAGACUGGAACCAGUGACACAGUCAUGGUAAACGCAUGUGUGUGUUUCGCAGGAGACAUUAAAAGGCUACUGAAAGUAAACAGGUGGAAAAGGACCAGAGACGAAUCAGCUGCAGAGGACAAACAGGUGAAGUUGCAGGUGGAGUGAUGCCAUGUCAGGUGAUCUCAUUCACAGUAGGAAUAAAAUCCACCACUGAACUGUUGCAGGACAGAAAAGCUUUCAUUCUUUUUAAAGAUUCACAUUUUUCCUCUUACCUGCAGUACUGUUUAUGGAUCUAGAUUGUUUGGCCAUAACUUGCCAACUUUUGGAUAUUAAAGAUGUUUUCCUUGCUUGCAUACAGUAAUGCGAGACGUAAUCUCAGAUGUAGAACUACUGAAGCGUCACUGCGCUAAAGAACACAUCCACUCAUUGUGACAGAGUAAUGUAAACAUUAAUGUCCGCCUCCUUCGGCUGAGCUGGAACAUUAACUGGCAUCUUAUCCAAUUAGUAGAUGCAC